CGUAAGACUAGGCAGUAUGGUCGUAAGACUAUAGCCUGUCCUCUAAGGACGAAUUAUAAAAAAAAAAAAAAAAAAAAAAGAUGUCAUCAAUGUCAUUUCAUGUGAAAGCGGUGCAAUCGAGUUUUAUAGUUUGUUGAAUUUAUAAAAUAAAUUGUGGAUUUGAUAAUGAAAAAUUUGUAAUAUACCUAUAUACAAGACUGAAAAUGGCGAAAGAAGGCGAUAUGUCUCUUUUCAACGAUGUUUUGGAACCUUUUAGGCGGGUGAUAAACACUGACUCGCCGAAAGAUAAGUUAUCGGCGUCUUCCAAACUGAAUUUCUCCGAUAGCAAUCAGUCUUUGAAGGAAGGAUUGUCCAAUCUUCUGUCACUGGGGAAGAGGAAGUCCAGUUUAAAUGCAGGAGAAGGCUUGACACCUGACAAAAGAAUCCGUACUGAUUCGAAUUCCAACGCACCCUCCGCACCACCGUCGCCUUGGGAAGCUAAGCGGCUGAAGAUUGACUUGAUAGCUGCUAAGGCGCAGGUAACAAAAUUAGAAGCUAGAGUGAACCACCAGCACACAAUACGUAAAGAGAUGCAGAUAUUAUUUGAAGAGGAGAAGUCGUCCCUGCAAGAACAACACAAGAGAGAUGAAAGAGCCCUUGCGGAUAUGGAGGAGAGGUUACAAUUGAUCAGACGGAGGGAACAAGAGCUCAGAGAUGAGUAUAAUGAAGCAAUAAAAUUACAUAAAGAGCAAAAAGCUCACUGGGAUAAAGAGAAGAUUGAGCUUCAGAAACAGGUAGCUGAACUUGUAGAUAAACUUUUGGAGGCUAAUGUUAGUAGUAAGGACCAGAUGUCGGAAAUGAAGAAAGAUAUGGAUGAAUUGCUGCAGGCUUUGGAAGAGGCACAGUCUGAAGUGGAAAUACUGAAGACUGAAGUAGCGAAACAAACAAGUCGUGCUGAGCAGUGCACUGAGAUGAAAAUUCAGAUUGAGAAACAAAACUUCGAGUUGCAACAAGUCAAUAGCAAACUGAAAGAGUUGGAGUAUGAAAGAGAUUCUAUCAAAGACUGGCAAACCCAGGCUAAGACUGCACAAAAACGUUUAUCCAAUAUGGCGGAGCUGGAAAAAGAGGUGGUGCGUCUCCGAGCCAAUGAGCGCACGUUGCGAGACGCGAUCUGCAACAAGUUGUUACUGGAAGAGCAAGUGCAUGUGCUUACUGCCAAGGUGGAGACUUUACAAGCGUUGCAGCAAGAGUUACAUGAGACUAAGGUGAAGCUGGGGCGCGCGCAGUCGUCGCUGGAGGAGUGGGUGGGCGCGGCGCGCGUGCAGGGCGCGGAGAGCCCGCGCGCGCUGGCGACGGCGCUGCACGCCGCGCUGGGCGAGCGGCUCGCGCACCACACCGACGAGCACGCCGCGCAGGAACAACUAGACAAACUCAACGAGGAGAUAACCACUCUGAGGUUUGAACGUGAUAAGGCUACGGGUAAGCUGAACGACCUCUUGACCUUCCGUAAGAGCCAGGAAAGUCUCAUACACAGGCUUCAGAAGCGGCUUUCGCUAGUUACUAGAGAAAGGGAUAGUUAUAGGCAACAACUGGAUUGCUAUGAGAAGGAGUUGACGGUGACCAUAUCGGGCGAAACGGGGGCGGGCAGUGCGGCGCUGCAGACCGCACGCAUCGAACACCUUGAGAAAACUCUACAAGGGUACAGGGAUCUGCUCGCUACACACGACCCCCAGACACAGGCUAAAGCGCUGGAGGCGGCGCGCGCGGAGGCGAGCCGCUGGCGCGAGGAGGCGGCGGCGCUGCGGCGCGAGGCGGGGACGCUGCGCGCGCACCGCGACCAGCUGCACCAACACCUCGACCGCCUCGCGCGCGCGCCCGCCACCAAGGUCCUGCAUCUAGCGGACAACCCGGCCGCUGAAGCACAAAAACAAGUGCACAAAGAGUUAGAAGCAGCUCAGGAAGAGAUAAAGAAACUAAAGGCAGCACUGCGCGAGGGAAACACAGAAGCUGAUCCUGAAGAAGUUAAUCAGCUACGACAACAACUUGAGAACAGUAAAAUUAAACUUAAGAGACUGAAAGAAGAGUUUGCAUCGUCCGCUCAGGAAUACAGAGAUGUAUGCUACAUGUUGUUAGGCUAUAAAAUUGAUAGAACGGGCAUUAAAAACUACAGAAUAUCGAACAUGUAUGCGGAAUCGUCGGAAGAGUACCUAACGUUCACAUUAUGCGAUGAUGGCAUAGAGAUGGUCCAUACUGAGUAUUCGACUACUCUCGGAGAGCUAGUAGAGUUGCAUCUACACCAACAUCGAUCUAUACCCAUGUUCCUUAGCGCUCUCACGAUGGAUCUAUUCACUAAGACCACGAUGCAGCAAACCGCGGAGUAAUACGUCGUUUUACCGAUUCGAAUGACAUAGUGUGUCGUUGAAUGUAUAGUGUGUUAAUACAAAAAAACUCUGAGAUACUUCUGUGGCUAAAAUCGAUAAAGAAUCUUAAUCGAUAACUUCGAAUCGAUCCCAGGAAUGUGUCGCUUGUAAACAUGUCGAAUAAACUUUUAAUUGGUUCUUUCUGACCGUUGAUUUGAAGGUAUCAAUUAGGGAUGUAUCUUGAUUUCGAAAGUUAGCGACCCAGAAACGCCAACAUAAAUAUAUCGUGAGUUCAUUCUUCAUUCUCAGUGAGCUCUUCACUCUUAGCAAUUGAUUGUUACUCUAUUUGUAUGGUAUGGUAUUAGCUGAGUGAAUCUUUAUUGAACGAAUGAAUACUUGAAGCCGUUUUAAACAGAUUUACAUCUUUGGUCUUUUGUAUAUCACUUAGUUAUGUCAAGCGCGUUGUCCGAUACUAUCGAUUUUCGAUAACGCAACUAUGUAACACAAUUUAAUAUUAUAAAGUAAUUAUUAUCACGUAAACUAUUAUCAAUUGUCGUCCAUAGCUGAGUGUAUUAAGGUGGGCACUCACCAGGUGCAAUUAUCAGAAUUUAUAAUCUAUCACACAAUAUUUAAGUAUGAAAGUACUGCUUCAACAGUCACAUCACGGUGACAAAUAGGUCAAAAAUCGAUAAAUAGCCGAAUCGAUAUGAUAAGAAAUAAUCAGCAACCUUCUAGAAUGUACUAUAAUAAACACGACACGUACGAUCGAGUCGUUUGUUUAUGACGAUUGUGAUUGGCCGAGAUACCAACGUUGAGUUACAUGUCGCUCUCUUGACCAAUGGUAAUCAAACGACGUGACAUAUUCCGAGGGAGCUGUGUAUUUUUGUUAAGUUUAUGGGCUAAUUUUUACAAUCAGAUAAAAGUUAUCUAUCUAACAAUUAUAGCCUGACUGCAUAUAAAAAUAACGCAAAUUGACAACUUUAUAUACACAACUAUUAUUUUUAAUUUGUUUGUUCAUUACCAAACUUUUAUCUAUAAAUUAGUCCUUAAUCGAUAGUUAUUAUCGAGUUUACAAUUCUGUCUAAAAUUCAAUAGAAGUUUCAAGCAGGUCAGACCUAACUGUGUGUCUCCUCGGUAAGUACCCACUUUGAGAACGCUUCAGUUAGUCCUAAUGUAAUAUUUCUUCCUCAUUAUCUUCCCAUUUUUACACCUAGGCUUAUUUUUUUCUUAAUAUCUCCCACCUACUACAUCGACAUUGGAAGGUGUCUCCGAAUAUAGCUGAGUCAGUUUCACAAGGUUGUUAUAUUUUAUUUGUGUUGGAAAAAUACGGUAGAAAAUUUUUCAUGUUGGUAAAAAUGAAAACAGAUAUUUCAAACUGUCUUAUAUUUCGGGAUUAUUAUGUUUAUUUACUGAAAAAGAUAGAAUUAUGUGAUAAAUUCAAUUUGUGUAAAAAAUAUAACACAACCUUUUAAUAUUGAGCCAGAUCUAUGAUGAACGCGUCACGAAUUGACUAUCUUGCGAGCAAUCACUGCAACUGUUUGUGCGCGUCUUUGGAUGGGUUGAAUUCAUAUUUACUCUACACCUUAAAUACGUUAUCAUAAGGUUGAUUUAAUGUUUUUUUUUCUAUAAUAUUACUGCAAUUCGUUGGGGCGCACAAACUGAUUUGCAUGCGCGUAGUUUCCGAGCGUUUUCCAAACGCACAUUUGCGGCGCGUUCGUCAAAUUUGGACGCACGCUUGAGCAGUUCUCGAUUAAAUUAAGUACGACGUUUGAUCGUUAAUUGGUAUAGAAUAUUAUAAAGGUCUAAUUAUGGAUGUGUGAUGUUGGCAAUUUUAAUGUAAAAGUAUACUUAUUAGAAUAUAAAUAUUUCAUUAUUACGGUUUUUUGACAGGCACAUUUUGUAUAGAAGACAUUAUAGUACAGUGGCGAAGAGUGAAAUUUUUCACAAGGUAACCGAGGCAAAAAAAAUGCCUUGCUAACAUAUCUCGACCAAUUUAACAAAAAAUAAAACUAUGACAAACUUAAAAAAGUUAAAAGGCGAGCCGGAUGGUAUGGACGCUUCGCCACUGUUAUAGAACUAUGUUAUAGCUCAACCUACACGUGUAUACUAAAAUCCUACAUUAAUAGCCAAAAUAUUUAAACUAAUUCACUAGUCAGUUCCAUAAAUGUAAACAUUCAUUCACUUCAAAAAAAAAGUAUCACUAAUUCAGCGGAUUAAGAAAACUAUUUAUAGUUGUGGUUGUUACUGUUUUGCUUCGGGGCGAGUUAUGGGAUAACACAAAUUAUUUUAGUAUGAUAUUAAUUUCUCGUUUAUUCUUCGGCGUGCCUGACAGGGACCGCAAUUAUAUACCUGACUGUAUAACAGUAAUUGUGGAGUGCAAUAAAUUUAAUAAGCAUUUGAUUACAUAUCUAGAACUGGCUAGUGAAUGCAGCAUUAUUUACUGUAUACUGUGGUGGUAAUUAAAAUAUUAAGGUGCAGAAUUUUUUUCAAUGUUUGGUAACAGGUUUGACAUUUUAUAAUCUAUUAAAGAUGGUUCCAUAGAUUAUAAAUAUUAACAUUUACGUCACUUCACUUUCACACUGCAGUUGCUUUUUGUAUUAAGCCUUUUCAAAAAACAGGAAAUCUCUAUUUUAUUAUUUUAUUUCUAAAUUGUGUUCUGUUUAUUACUAGUGGUGUCGAUUACUAACGUUUGGGAAAACAUCAAUUCAAUACGCUAGCAAAAAAAAAAAAAAAAGAAUAGAUAAACAAUAUAAAAUCUCACUCAACAACCGUCAGUCUUCGUUUAUCUUCUUCCAUUAACCAAAGUCUUCAGCAUAAAGACAUCCAACAAUAGUACCUCAGUACUCUGCAGUCUAUAGCAAAUAUAAAAAAAUAAUAUAAAAAUAAAGCAUAAACAAAAUUUUGUGAUUUCCUCGUUCAUAAAAAUAUAUAAAAAAAUAUGCGUAGUUGUAAAUAGUCGCUGGUGAGUCGCAAAAGGUCUACAUUAUAUAUGACCUUUCAUCGAUGCCGAAAUGUGGGUGUGGUACACCUCUCGCUAUGUGACAAGUUGUUGGAAUUAAGUUUUGUUCAGUAAUCUUAACAAUCUUACAUUGACAAAAAGUCGCUACAGUGUGAAAUGUGAAUGAGUUCUAUUACGUAUCAGUAUUUAAUUUUUGCAGUAAAUCGAUUUUGGUAAUAAUGGCGUAAAGCGUAAGGAAUAAAAAUAUCCACUUUAAUGUUAAGAAUUAGAUUGUAAAUUAGAAUUUUGCAUUCCUAUGUUGUAAAUCUCAUUAAUAAUUAUUUGUAUUACCAUCCUCAA